GCUCCACUCAGCCGGGAGACCGAGGCGCUUCACUGAGCACUCGCCGCCGCCCGGCCUGUGCUCGGGCGCCUCCCCGCUCUUCCAGAGCAACCGCGGGCCAGGAGUGAUUCAGAGGCGGAGGAGGCGGAAGGUCGAGGCUGCUGGCUUUUCUCCUAUAUUGCUUCUUUUCCCUCGCUCCUUCCCACUUGUGUGUGAGUGAGUGUGUGAGAGCCAUGGAGCGGAGAGCCUGGGGUCUGCAGUGUAUUGCUUUCGCUCUCUUUUGCGCUUGGUGUGCGCUGAACAGUGUAAAAGCCAAGAGGCAGUUUGUCAAUGAAUGGGCGGCCGAGGUCCCCGGGGGCCCGGAAGCAGCCUUGGCCAUAGCGGAGGAGCUGGGCUACGACCUUUUGGGUCAGAUUGGAUCACUUGAAAAUUACUAUUUAUUUAAACAUAAAAACCAUCCCCGAAGGUCUCGGAGAAGUGCCCCUCAUAUCACUAAGAGAUUAUCUGAUGAUGAUCGUGUGAUAUGGGCUGAACAGCAGUAUGAAAAAAAGAGAAGCAAACGCUCAGUUCUACGAGACUCAGCCCUAAAUCUCUUCAAUGAUCCAAUGUGGAAUCAGCAGUGGUACUUGCAAGAUACCAGGAUGACUGCAGUUUUGCCUAAGCUGGAUCUUCAUGUGAUACCUGUUUGGCAAAAGGGCAUUACAGGCAAAGGAGUUGUUCUCACCGUACUGGACGAUGGUUUGGAGUGGAAUCACACAGAUAUUUAUGCCAAUUAUGAUCCAGAGGCUAGCUAUGAUUUUAAUGACAAUGAUCAUGAUCCGUUUCCCCGGUAUGAUCCCACAAAUGAGAACAAACAUGGGACCAGAUGUGCAGGAGAAAUUGCCAUGCAAGCAAAUAAUCUCAAGUGCGGGGUCGGAGUGGCAUACAAUUCCAAAGUUGGAGGCAUAAGGAUGCUAGAUGGCAUAGUGACAGACGCUAUUGAGGCCAGUUCCAUUGGAUUCAACCCCGGACAUGUGGAUAUUUACAGUGCAAGUUGGGGCCCUAAUGAUGACGGGAAGACUGUAGAGGGGCCCGGCAGAUUAGCCCAGAAGGCUUUUGAAUAUGGUGUCAAACAGGGAAGACAAGGAAAGGGUUCUAUCUUCGUCUGGGCUUCUGGGAAUGGGGGGCGUCAGGGAGAUAACUGUGACUGUGAUGGCUACACGGAUAGCAUCUACACCAUCUCCAUCAGCAGUGCUUCCCAGCAAGGCCUGUCACCCUGGUACGCUGAGAAGUGCUCCUCCACACUGGCCACCUCUUACAGCAGCGGGGAUUAUACCGACCAGAGAAUCACCAGUGCAGACCUGCACAACGACUGCACGGAGACCCACACGGGCACCUCGGCGUCUGCACCCCUGGCUGCUGGCAUCUUUGCUCUGGCCCUGGAAGCAAACCCAAACCUCACUUGGAGAGACAUGCAACACUUGGUUGUCUGGACCUCUGAGUAUGACCCACUGGCCAAUAACCCUGGGUGGAAAAAGAAUGGAGCGGGCUUGAUGGUGAAUAGCCGAUUUGGAUUUGGCUUGCUAAAUGCCAAAGCUCUGGUGGAUUUAGCUGAUCCCAGGACCUGGAGCAGUGUACCGGAGAAGAAAGAAUGUGUGGUCAAAGACAAUGACUUUGAGCCCAGAGCCCUGAAAGCUAAUGGAGAAGUUAUCAUCGAAAUUCCAACAAGAGCUUGUGAAGGACAAGAAAACUCUAUCAAGUCUCUGGAGCAUGUGCAAUUUGAAGCAACAAUUGAGUAUUCCCGUAGAGGGGACCUUCAUGUCACACUCACUUCUGCUGCUGGAACCAACACUGUACUGUUGGCAGAAAGAGAACGGGACACAUCCCCUAACGGCUUUAAGAAUUGGGAUUUCAUGUCUGUUCACACGUGGGGAGAGAAUCCUGUAGGUACCUGGACUUUGAGAAUUACAGAUAUGUCUGGGAGAGUGCAAAAUGAAGGGAGAAUUGUGAACUGGAAGCUGAUUUUGCAUGGGACCUCCUCUCAGCCAGAGCACAUGAAACAGCCUCGUGUGUACACGUCCUACAACACCGUUCAGAACGACAGAAGAGGGGUGGAGAAGAUGGUGGAUGCAGGAGAGGAGAUGCCUACACAACAGAACCUGAACGAGAACCCCCUGGUAUCCAAAAGCCCCAGCAGCAGUGGGGGGGAGAGAUGGGAAGAGCAGGCAGAGGGGGGCCCUUCCGAGGCCAUGCUGCGACUCUUGCAAAGUGCUUUCAGCAAGACCCCACUUCCAAAGCAAUCACCAAAGAAGUCUCCAAGUUCGAAGCUCAACAUCCCGUAUGAAAAUUUCUAUAAAGCCCUGGAAAAGCUAAACAAACCUUCCCAUCUUGAAGACUCUGAGGAUACUCUCUAUCACGACUAUGUGGAUGUUUUCUACAACACAAAACCUUAUAAGCACAGAGAUGACCGGCUGCUGCAAGCUCUGGUGGACAUUCUGAAUGAGGAGAAUUAAAGCAAGCAUGUGGUCCCAAGUUGGAAAUAUUCACGCAUCUUCCUUCCCCCUUAGAUUUGCUUGUGUCUCAGUGGUCGUUUUCUUAUUGAUUCUAUGCUUAUAACGUCCUUUGUGGGAUUUUUCCUUUUUCUCCCCAAACUGUACAUUUGAAGGGGAUGAGCUCAAAUAGGAAAUCCAGCUUCCAGAAUUGAUCAUAGUUCUUUCAAAAUAUGUCUUCCCUGUCUGUGCAAGUGAAGUGUUCUUUCUGGAGUCACAGUUAACAUUUGACCCCAUGCCACACUAGAAUGCCUCCUUGAGGCAUUCCAUACAAGAAGGGGAAACCCUGGGAGAUCCACUAACAUGAAAAAACUAAUCUGCAAAGAGAAAUGACAUUUUUUACCAUGUUAUUCUUUGAAUUUUGAUCCCAAGGAAGCAUUUGCAAAGUAUUAAAUUAAAGAGUUCACAAUUAGACCUGUACCCUAGAGCCUGAGCCUUCCUACUUCAAAGUACUACUCAUUAUGGGAGUGACAAUCUAGUCAUUUUGGAGAAAAAGUUGGAUCUUCCUGAUCCAGAAAUAGACCUUGAAACUUGCAUUAUCUAGUGAGAGGGAUUCUAGAACAUUCCUGUGUGCUCAGCGUGCUGCAGAGGCCUCUGUGAUUGUAAGGCGGCUGCGACUCAUGCUGCAUGUCCUGCUCUUCCUCUUAUUCCCCUUCUUCUAGAGUUUCCCCUACCUGUCUCCUUUCUCAGCCACAAGCUCAGUAUCGACAGAACUAAUUUACACUGUUUUCUCAGUAAAUUCAUAUUCAUAAUUUGUUUAAUAAUCAUAGGCGACCAUUUCUAACCUGAAGAAUCAGUGUAAUAACGGGAAAAUAUCUACGAUGGGGAGAACCAGGGAGAGGUUUUGCUUCUUUAAAGAUAAAUGAUUUUCAUUAGAACAGAGUGUUUAUUUCUGUACACUGCAGGAUCUUUUUCCAUCUUCCUGCCAAUAGUAUCCAAAUUCUCACCAAAUUGCUUCCAUUCUUCAAGUGAGAAGACACACUGGCAGCCCAUAGGCCUCAUUUAUUCCUCUGAAAGCUUUUAUCUGGCAUGCAGAAUGUUCUAAAAAUAUGAGAUAUUGUUGAAAAUAGGGGGUUUCAUAUAAAACUGAAUAUUCAGACACAUCUACAGUUGGUUAAAGCCAAGGAGCAACUGCCCAGUUGGAUUUGAGGUCCAGGUCCCUCUGGCUUAUUCUAUACUACUUUCAUGGGCCACUGUAUUUCUUACUGGUCAACAUCCAGUAAGCAUUUGAUUUUGCCCAAUUUUAUACUAAAUAUGUUCAAAGUGUAAAUGCAUUAGGAAAGAAAAAAAUUCUCAAUUUCUUUCAGGCAAGCUCUACCAUUAAUUAUGAGUUUGCUGUGAUCUAAUUAAUUUAAGUUGCAUUUACAGACAAAAACACUAGUUAAUUUAUACAUUUUUGGAAGUAUCUCUGAAGUCCAGCUUGACAUAUUCAUUCAACCUCAUCUCACAUGAAUAUUCAUUUCUUCUAUUAAUUAAUUGCCAACCUCUUAGCAUCCCUUUCUCAGUAUGCUGUCAGGGCGGCAGUCACAUGAAAUGCCAGAAGUCACCCACUGAGCUGCUGUUUACAGAUCUUCCGCAAAGUUUGAACUUCCUAAGGUCACCCAUGUCAUUGGAGUAGUUCAGGAAGGUAGCUCAUUUGCUUUGACUUGAAGUGUACACAACCUACUGACUUGAAUUUGUACACAGCAAGGCUAUUUCCAGAGCAACGUCCAUGUCUAGAGAAUGUUCUAAAAGAUUGGUAGCAUUGCUCUGUUUUUGGAUAAUCAGAUUCAGCUACAAUCACUAAAAUAAAUAAAUAAAUAACGACUAAGACUAGAGACACCAUUGAGUGGCAACAAAAGAGAGAGAACUCAUCCUUUUCCUAUUCAAAAUCUAAUGUAUGACACUUUCAUUUAAUCUUUGCUAACUAUCUUUUCCUGGUUAAAAUGCCAAUCAACUCAUUGAGUAAUAGCCAAAGGUUCAGCCUAGAGAAGCUUUAAUACUUAGAGAAAAUCAUGUUUGAAUGUUUCCAACCUGGAGUAUAUUGUAAAGACAUAAAAUAUUUUUGUCAGUCUUUCUUAGUGCCUGUGUGGAUUUUUGUGAAAAUGUCAAAGAGGAAACUUAUAUAUUUCCUUGGAAUUUUAAGCUCUAUUUUCGUCACAGGUAUUUAUAAUGUACCAAUGCUUUUAACAAACAGAAUUUUAAUGACAUAAUAAAUUAUAUUAAAGAACCAAAAGUUUUCCUGAGAAUAAGAAAGUUUCAUCCAAUAAACUAUUUUCAAAAGGCAUGUUCCUUUGUGAAUGAAACAAGUAUAAUAUGUAUGUGUUAUAAUAUUAAGUGACAUUUGUCUAAUACCCUAAUACCAUGUACAACUGAGUUUGAUAUGUGUGGUCUUAGCAUUCUUAAGGGAACUCUCACAUUAUACCCUUGAUGUAUUUAUUAACCAAAGUAUGUAAAAUAUGCUUAUAAAUCAGAAGAAUAAAUGAUUCUCACAAGGCCAAAAA